AUGCCUCAUAAUAAAGGAACUUUUUGGGACGGAUUUGAAAAACUAAUAAAUAAAAAAGGACAAGAAUGGAUGAAAUGUAAAACUUGUAAUAAAUCAUGGGUCAAAAAUGAAACACGAAUGCAAGAACAUUACAACUAUUGCAAGUUAAAAAAUUCUGGCAAUAGUAAUACAUCAA